GCGAAUGACAGCACAAAACGCACAGCGCAAACGUUUGCACAAACAACAAACGUUGCCGAGCAUCGUCUCAUAUUGUUGUUGUGGCCCCCUCUCUCUGUCUCCAUCUCGCUCGCACACUCAUUAGGCAUGUUGCCGCUGCUCGCCACAUUUUGCAUUUUGCGCAUGCAAGCUUGUGCUCAGCACAGCCCAUUUUGUUGAGUAUUCAGUGCUGCGCGCGAGUUCGAGCUGUGGACGUUGGACGGGUCCGACGUUGCUCAAAUCAAAUCCAAAGCAAGAUCCGGAUCGAAAUCGAGCAUGAACGCCCGCGAUAGACAGUUCUGGACGGAAUUCCUGGAGCUCUAUCGAUCAUUGCCGGCGGUGUGGAAGGUCAAGAGUCCGGAGUACAGCAGCCGGGCCUUGAAGUCCGCCGGCUACGAGCAGCUGGUGCAGAAGCUGCGCGAGGUGGAGCCGCACGCUGAUCGCGCUCUGGUGGUCAAGAAAAUCAAUUCGUUCCGCACAAACUUUCGGCGGGAUUUGCGCAAACGUGAUCAGUGCACCGAGGAGGAGCCAUUCGUGUCGACUCUGUGGUACUUUGAGCUCCUAGGCUUUUUAGAGGGACAAGAGGAUGUCAGCUCAUGCCAGAGCUUGCACAAGGCAAGCAGUUCCGAACCAGAAGCUUUGCGCCACGCCGUUUACGACGAGCCGUGUCGUAAGAAGCGCCGUACAGCGGUCAAAGAAGAGAUCGCUGCAUCUCCCGCACCUGCCGAACUGAGAUCCGACUCGCCCGCUUCUCCCCUCACCCUGCCCUGCAGGCAGCAGCAGCGCAAGCGUUUGUCAACACUCUCCGAAUCGGAGGCACUCGCCCACACUUGGCGCAGCCAAUUCGACGAGCUGGCGCCCCGACAGAAGCUCCUAGCCCGCAAGCUCAUCUCAGAUGUGCUCUAUUUCGGCUGCAUGGAGCAGCUGGAGCCGUGUCAUGUUGCCCAGCUGCAGCAGAUGAUGCUGCGUCGCAGCUCAACGCCCCACAUUGAGGAUGUUCCGUCCUCGCCGCAUCUCGGCAAGCUGUUCUCCAUGGACAGAUAUGAUGAGCGCAAAUCUGUGGAUUCGGAUGGUUAAGGCAGGUGUCAGGCACGAUGUUCUUUUAUGAAUGUAAAACCUU